AUGACAUCGACAACAUCAUCCCGUCAUAUUCCACUUUUACAAUCUAUUACAGAAAAUACGCUGAAUUCAACUACGGAAGAAACUGCUGGCACAGUUUCGAGCAGUUACCCAACAAAUCAGUUUCGUUUUUCUUCACAAUGGGCACCGCCGGCUCUGGUAACUAAAACGACUCGUGCUUAUUCAUGUCACGAAGAGCGCGCUCCACCACCGAAAACAAACAACCGAUUGAAACAUUUAUGUACGCAACUGAAACGUCGAUUUAGUUCGUCGAAAGAAUGUGAAACACGACGUGAAGAUACGAAUCGAGGUUUACCAAUACAUUGUAAAAAUUACAAAGCCUUUUCGUCAUCGUUGGAUGAUACAUUUAAUAACUUCGAAUGGCCUGAUUUCGAACAAAUUUAUGAUACAAUUCCUGCAUGUCUUGCAAAAGCUCUUCCUGGUCUCGAUGAUCUUUCAUUAGAUGAAUCGGAUGACGCUGUUGAAGAAACUGCGAACUAUCUUCCAGAUGAAUGUAUUGAACAAAUUACAUUAUAUGAAGCCUGCAAACGAGGAAAGCAUUAUCGACGGAACGCUAUUUGUCGAAAAUUGGAUAAAAGUGUAUACAAAGGACAACUGAAUACAUUCAUUCAACAGUUGAUGAUUGAAAAACUGAUGAGAACAUGGACUUAA